UUUCCUUUUUCUUCAAAUCCCAGCAAACAAACACGGACAUGAAAACUUCACAGAAGCGGCGCGCACCCUCACCAGCACCACCCUUCACCGUCGUCUUCCUCCACCACUAUGAGCUGCUACCAGAACCAGAAGCGGCGCGACCCCCUCUCUCACUCUCACGCUGCAACGACGCGCACGUGCUGGAAUUCCUUUGGUACCUCGUCCACCCGCGCGCCUCCGCCGUCCACCCGUGUGCCUCCGCCGUCCACCCGCGCGCCUCUGCCGUCCACCUGUGUGCCUCCGCCAUCCAACUGUGCGCCUUCGUCGUCCAACCACCGCCUCACCACCAUGCCUCCUUUCGUUCACAAAGGUGCUUAGGGAAAAUUUUGAGAUCUGCAUUAUGUAGAAAUCAUAGUCACGUCGGGCAUGCCUUCAUGACUUCGAGCAUAGUUCCAACCAGAGUUUUCUAUCUUGGUCAUGUUAGACGCAAGAGUGGUGGUGUCAGACAUGAAGAGAGAGACUUAUCUUGGAUUGAGGAUGACGUCAAACGUGGUUUGAAUGACACCAAGGGUGAGGGCAAGGGAAAACCUAUAACUUGGUGACGUCGAGCAUCACUAAGGUGAUACCAGACGUGAGUCAAGCAAAGAUCUUUGUCUAAUAUGAGGGCGGUCGUGGGUUUGCCACAUCAGGUGUGAGGUCUAGGGAGUCUCCAGCUCAAUCACACUAGGCAUGGUUUGGAUGGCAUCAGGCAUGAGCGAGGCAAAGAGUUUUCUACCUCAAUGGCGUUGAGCGUGAGGUAUAUUACGUCGAGCGCGGGAUGCCUGAAUGAUGGGUAUGCUUUGGAAUGUUGUGUAAUGAACAUUAAUAGAUGUAUGAAUUCUAUUACAUGUUGUAU